UAUGCAAAGAAGUAUUUUGCGUGAAAUUAUGUUAACUAAUGGGGAAUAUAUGUAAUGUACAUCCUAUUUGAAAUUGUCAUUUGAUUUAAGAAUUAGGUAAAUGUUAUUAGAUUGUCUAUUGAUUCAAAAGGGGAUUAAAAUUUUAAGUACAGAGAUUUAAGAAGUAUUCUUAAUCGUUGCUUUGCCUACUUUGUGA